AUGCCGGGCGGCAGCCUGAUGAUGCGUGGCGUGGGGCACCCCCUGGCCCUGUUUGCAGGCUGCGAAGCUGCUUGCACCAAGCUGCAAGUGCUCGUGGAGGGACGGAGAGGGGAGAGCGCCGCGUCGGCGCUCCAGCGGUCGGUGCUCAGGGACCUGCUGCUCAUGCGGGACCUACCCCUCCGGAUGCUGAGCGAGCGUCUGAAGAAGUUCCCUUUCGUGGACCCCGCGCCGUUCGACGAGCUCAUCACAGAGAUGGUCGAGGUGAUCACGGAGUGGGUGGCCUGGGUGGCGCACCCGCAUUGGAUCGUGGAGGUCCUGCACCGCGUCGGCCAGUUCCGCCAGGAGACGGGCGGCGAUGUCGAGGCCUUCGACCUGGAGGAGGCCAUGAUCCGGCCAUUCAUGGAGGUCCGGAGCGCCCAGCGCGUUGUGGGCGUGGACGCCAUCAUGGCGGAGCUGGUCCGGGCGCUGCUCAGGCUGUUCCACACGGUGAAGGCCUGGGACGACGCGCUGUUGGGCCACAUCAAACAGAUCUGCAAGGCGACCCUCGAGGGCCUGGAGAUGGAGGUGGUGCUGGGCCUGGCGCAGCUGUGCGCCACGGUUGAGAUGGACCCCUUCGAAACAGCUCACCGGCUGAACCGAGUCUCCUCGAACAUCUUCAUGAUCACGCCAGGCGAGAUCGAGGUCAUCUGCCAGAAGUUGCCGUACUACCAGGAUCAGGGCAAAGUGAGAGGGGGCCCUACGCUGAUCUUGGACCACGCGGGGGCGCAGGGCGCACGAUACUACAACAAGGACGCGCUCGGCGCGGCGGUGAGCGCCGACGCGCCCGCCACGGACGCCUCGGAGCACGCGGGCGGAGCCGGCCCGGCGCUGCUGCAGGCCAGAGAGGAGGCGCUCGCGUGGUGGCAGGGCCAGAGCUUCAUGGGCGCGGCCCCGACGCGGAUCGUGGCGAGCACCGUGCUGAACCAGCUGGUCGACCAGGAGCUCCACCCCGACCCCUUCGUGGCCGAGAUGCUGCCCCGGGUGCUCGAGAAACUGUUCGGCGAGUACAUGUCCGCGAAGGCCUUCAUGAACUCCCUGCUGCCGAUGACGGGCGGCUACGUCGACGCACGGGGCGUGGAGGUUCCGGCCGGGCAGGGGCUGCCCCUGCGGACGGACCCCGAGAGGUGUGCCGAGAGCCUCGUGGUCUUCUUGCGCCAGUGGUCCGAUCUCGUCCUGGCGGCCGAGGAGGAGGACUGGGGCGAAGGCCUCCGAGGCCUUGGCCUCAGGCGGCCCCGGCAGCCGCCUCGCGUCGCAGCUCGACGCGGCCGCCUUCGAGGCCUCCGUGGAGGCCUGCGGCCACAGCGUGCGCGACGUGGUGGAGCUGCUCGAGGGCGCCGCCGACGUGCCCAAGGAGAUUAUAAACGUGCCUGCCGAGCCGAUGCGCUACAAGGUCGAGGACGGCGCCAGAAGAACGUGGGAGCUCAUCAUGGAGCAGUUCUACGACUUGGUGGAGCUCGUCGAGGAGGGGUCCCGAGACCUGGGCCCCUACGUGCGGGUGGAGAUCGACCGCCCGGAGACCGUGGAGGCCGCGCGCUCGGACUGCGCUCGGCCGCCACGGCCUGCUGCCUCACCAGCCCGGAGAUCGCGCGGGCCGCCAGGACCCGCCUGCUGGAGCAGCGGGGGGCUUCCGAGGGGCUGCCAGGGGUGCUGGCGGAGAAGAGACCGCACGCGUCGGACUCCUUCUCCCUGUCGCUGGUGGAGUUCCCCUCCGAGCUCGCGUCGCCGGACUCCGGGUCCACGUUCACGUCCUUCUUCGCGCAGGAGGGCCGCCACAUCUCGCGCACGGGCCUGAGGGGCCUGCCGCAGCUGCCCUGGACCUUCGGGUCCGACCGCAGGAACACCAUCGUCGUAGAUGUGCCGGGCGUGACCGUGGCCCCGUUCCACUGCAUCUUCACGCCCUCCAGGGCGCAACCGUGGCGCACCUGCAUCAUCCCAGCAGGCAACCGCAUGUCGCCAACGUACCUGAUUUGCCCGAAGUACCAGUUGCUGGAGGUGCACAACGGGGACCGCUUGGUGUGCCACCAGUGGACAUUCGAGCUGCGCAUCAGCGGCGCCGGCUCGGACCACGUCUCCGGGCUCACGAUCCUCACCGACGAGGGAGAGGAGUUCAAG